GUCUGAAAGUCUUAAAUUAAUUAAUUGAAGUAAUAAAAAUCCACAACAUUGAAAUCUAAUCCAUCAUAUUCACACCAAACAUUCUCGAUUCUCGUUUUCAUUCAUUCCCAAUUCAUCUGCUCCCUAAUUCUAAAGCUUACGGGUCGGGUCUUGUGAUUAAGUUAUCAUCAAUGGCGGAUUGUGGAUCGGAUCCUCCUGGAUUUCGAUUAGACAUAACACAGAUAUUAUCAGAAGUACAACAUCGUUGGCUGAGACCUGCAGAGAUUUGUGAAAUCCUGCGAAACUAUAGGAAGUUUCAUAUAACCCCAGAGGCUCCAUACAGGCCAGUCAGUGGUUCUGUUUUUCUUUUCGAUAGGAAGGUGCUAAGAUACUUUAGGAAGGAUGGACAUAAUUGGAGGAAGAAGAAGGAUGGGAAGACAGUUAAAGAAGCUCAUGAGAAGCUGAAGGUUGGAAGUAUUGAUGUGCUACACUGCUACUAUGCCCAUGGAGAAGAAGAUGAUAAUUUUCAAAGGCGUUGCUAUUGGAUGCUUGAACAGGAUCUCAUGCACAUAGUUUUUGUCCACUAUUUGGAAGUCAAGGGUAACAAGGUGAAUGCCAGUUGCAUUAGAUCAGCUCACUCAAACUAUUUGAAUGAAGGCUCAUUGUCCGAUAGUUUUCCUCGGGGUCACAAGAAACUAGCUUCAGCAAAUGCUGACUCAACAAGUCUAGCAAGCUCUUUAACAGAAGCACACGAGGAAGCUGAAUCAGAAGAUAGUCACCAAGCAUGUUCUAAAUUUCAUUCAUAUUCAGAUCGAGCAUCUGGAAUGUACAGUCAUGUGGUGGAAAAUAGGGAUACCAUCUGUAGUUCAUAUGGUUCACCUCAAUCUUCAGUGGAGUAUACAUCACUUCCUGGUACAGAUGAAGGUGGACAGUGUGGUUUUGGUAAUUUUGCAUCUGGUCCUCAAAGAACAACUGAUUUGGGAUCUCAGGAACCAGUUUCUCAGCAUUUUUCAAAUGGCGAGAUGAUAUGCCAAGAUGAUCUCAAGAACAAUUUGUCAGUCCACGGAAAUUGGCAGUAUUCUUUUGGAGACUCUCCAUUGCAGUUCCAUGGACAAACUGUCAAUCAGGAUUUGAUUGCAGAUACGAGCUAUGAUUUGGAAAAUAGUUUUCACAACAAAAACCUAUCUUCAAAUCUACUUCCUGUUAGGGGGAAAUCGUGCUUGUAUCCUGAUGAGCAAGAAGAGCAACUAACACAAUUGAAUCUUCAAUAUCUGAAUUCGCUUGUGGAAGUUCAAGGUGACAUCGAUCAAGAGAAUAGUGUGGACAUGCUAGGGCUUGGAGACUAUUCAACGAUUAAACAGCCUCAUUUGAGCAGUGUAAAAAUGGAAGUAGGCCUGAAAAAAGUUGACAGCUUCUCCCGAUGGGUUGCAAAAGAGCUUGAGGAUGUUCAGGAGUUGCAUAUGCAGCCAACUAAUCAAAUUUCAUGGAAUGCUAUAGAUACUGAGGAUGAUGGUUCCUGUCUGCCCAGCCAGUUGCAUGUGGAUUCGCAUUCACUGGAUCCCUCACUUUCCCAGGAGCAGGUUUUCAGCAUCAUUGAUUUUUCACCUAAUUGGGCUUAUUCAAACUUGGAAACGAAGGUAUUGAUUACUGGAAGAUUUCUUAAGAGUGAAGGCGAGUUGGUAGAGUACAAGUGGUCAUGUAUGUUUGGGGAAGUAGAGGUUCCUGCAGAGGUUUUAGCAGACGGGGUACUUCGUUGUCAUGCUCCCCCACACAAACCAGGAGUACUCCCUUUUUAUGUGACAUGUUCAAAUAGAUUGGCUUGUAGUGAAGUCAGAGAAUUUGAAUACAGAUUUGGACCUUAUCAGGAAUUUGGUACUGCCAAUGAUUCUACGACUGAGAUGCAUCUUCUUGAACGAAUUGAAAAUUUAUUGUCCUUGGGACCUGAUAGUAGUUGUCACAGUUUUGACAGUAUGGAGGCUGCUAAGGAGAAACAAAGUACAGUGAAUAAAAUCAUCUUUAUGAUGGAGGAAGAGAAUCAGCAGAUGAUAGAGAGAGCAUCAGACUCUGGUACAUCCCAAUGCAGGGUGAAAGCGGAUCUAUUUCUUGAAAGAAAACUGAAGCAGAAUUUCUAUGCAUGGCUGGUUCACCAAGUUACUGGUGAUGGCAGAGGGCGAACUGUUCUCGAUGAUGAAGGUCAAGGCGUACUUCAUUUGCUAGCUGCACUUGGUUAUGAUUGGGCCUUAAAGCCAAUUUUAGCGUCAGGGGUAAGUGUAGAUUUUCGUGACAUGAAUGGAUGGACUGCACUUCAUUGGGCCGCAUUCUAUGGCAGGGAGAAGACUGUUGUUGGUCUUGUCUCUUUUGGUGCAUCUCCUGGAGCACUGACAGACCCAUCUGCUGAAUUUCAUUUGGGUAGAACCCCUGCUGAUCUGGCAUCUGCCAAUGGACACAAGGGAAUAUCUGGAUUUCUUGCUGAAUCCUCUUUGACCACUCACCUUUCUAAGCUUACUGUAACUGAUGCAAAGGAAGAGAUUGCUUCAGAAGUAUCUAGAGCAAAAGUUGGAGAAACAGUUACAGAGCGUGUGGCUGUUACAACUACUGGAGAUGAUGUGCCAGAUGUACUUUCGCUUAAGGAUUCUCUGGCUGCUAUACGCAACGCGACUCAAGCAGCUGCUCGGAUACAUCAAAUUUUCAGGGUUCAGUCAUUUCAGAGGAAGCAAAUUAUUGAGCAUAGCGACAAUGAGUUAUCUGAUGAGAAUGCUCUUUCUAUUGUAGCUUCUAGAGCUUCAAAGUUGGGGAAAAAUAAUGGCAUAGCUCAUGCGGCUGCCAUUCAAAUCCAAAAAAAGUUCCGUGGCUGGAAUAAGAGAAAAGAGUUUCUUUUAAUUCGACAAAAAAUUGUUAAAAUUCAGGCUCAUGUAAGGGGGCAUCAAGUGAGGAAGAAAUAUAAACCAAUUAUCUGGUCAGUAGGAAUUCUGGAGAAGGUGAUAUUGCGGUGGAGACGUAAAAGAAGUGGUUUGAGGGGAUUUAAAUCAGAGGUGGUCACGAAUAGGCCAAGCACACAAGACGACUCAUUACCGGAGGAUGAUUAUGAUUUUCUGAAGGAAGGAAGAAAACAGACUGAAGUCAGGAUGCAAAAAGCCCUUUCUAGGGUGAAGUCCAUGACUCAAUAUCCUGAGGGUCGUGCUCAAUAUAGUAGGCUGCUUACUGCUGCUGAAGAACUUCGUGAAGCGAAGCAGGACGGUCCAUCUCAAAUCCCGGAGAUCCCAGAAGAUAGCAUCUACCCUGAAGAGGAGUUGUUUGAUGUUGAAAGCCUGUUGGAUGAUGAUACUUUCAUGUCUAUAGCAUUUGAAUAAGCUUAUUUUGCCUUGAUUAGCCCAAUUAAUAUUUGAUUCAUUGUAUAUACAUAGAACAUAGUAACUAACUAUGCACCGUCAAGUUACUUGACGGAAAACUCAAUUUGAUCUAGAUUCUUGUAAUUUUUGUUAAACAUAAAAGAAAUGCUAAUAUAUGCAGCCAUCAAUUUUCACCAAA